CCAUUAGAGCCUUCGAGGGGUCAGAAUCCACACCUCUGCAAAUGGGCCCGCUUUCCCAGGGCCCCCCUGCCCAGACCUUCCCUGGGCUCUGUGGGUUUUGACACCUCUCUGCAACCUGGCAGGGGACCACCUCACACCUCCAGUCCAGAUAAAAGCUAGGACCUAGAGGUGACUGGUCCAGCUUCCCAGAGUCACACCAGCCAUGGCCCAGUCGCCUCCUCCUCAGAGCCUCCAGGGCCUCGACCACUGGGUCCUCUCCCAGGGCUGGAGCUGGGCUCAGCACUCGGACUCUACGUCUCCGGCCUCGUCCUCAGAUUCGUCCAGUUCAUGUCCUUGUUACGCUACUCGCCGGCCCUCACAGGCCGCCGCAGGCCCGGCCCGCAGCGCGCGCAGUACCCAGGCCGCCCCGACGGCGCCCAGGCGAGCGCGGCCCGCGCCCGCAGGAGGACAGCGGCAGAGCGCCAGCGAGCGCGAGAAGCUGCGCAUGCGCACGCUCGCCCGCGCGCUGCAGGAGCUGCGCCGCUUCCUGCCGCCGUCGGUGGCACCUGCAGGCCAGACCCUGACCAAGAUCGAGACGCUGCGCCUGGCCAUCCGCUACAUCGGCCACCUGUCGGCCCUGCUGGGCCUCAGCGAGGAUGGUCUGCGGCGCAGGCGCCGACGGAGUGCGGAUGCCGCGUUCUCUCACCGAUGCCCUCAGUGCCCCGACGGCGGCAGCCCAUCACAGGCUCAGAUGCUUGGUCCUGGCCAGGGAUCAGCCAUCAGUAGUGGGGUGGCCUGGGGGUGUCUGCCUGCUUGUCCUGGACCCCUAAUCUCACCUGAAAACCUUGGAAGCAGGCUCUCCAAUGUGGAUCCUUGGGUGACACCUCCUUAUUGUCCCCAAAUACAGUCACCCUUACACCAGUCCCUAGAAAGAGCCGCAGACACCUCUCACUGGGCACCGCCCCAAGCAUGUCCUGGCAUGCAGAUAUCCCCAGAGCCUAGGAACAAGACUGGACACUGGACACCAUCCACUGAACCUGCAGAGCUGACUAAGGUGUACCAGAGUCUUUCUGUGUCUCCAGAACCCUGCCUGUCCCUGGGAAGCCCACCUCUCCUGCCCCACCUGUCAUGCCAGAGACUACAGCCUCAGCCUCAGUGGGGCUGCUGGGGCCACAAUGCAGAGGUGCUUUCAAGCUCUGAGGAUCAGGGUUCCAGCCCUGCCCUCCAGCUUCCUGUGGCCAGCCCCAGCCCCAGCUCAGGCCUGCAGCCCAGUGGCUGUCCUGAACUUUGGCAGGAAGACCUGGAAGGACCCCCACUGAAUAUCUUCUACUAAUCGGCCUUGCCUAUAUCCUGUGCAUUGGUAUGGGGUUGGGCUGCCUUGGAAGUGCCUCUUUCUGCCUCUUCUGGGACAUUUGAGUUCUGCUUAGGUGUGGAUCCCCUUUCCCAGAUGACGCCUUUCAUGCAAACAGUGUCUGACACAGAUAAACACUGGGUACCCUCCCUGGCUGGAGGGGGGCUGUGACAAGACCCUCCACUUCUAAGUAUCUUCUAGAGCAGUGGUUCUCAACCUUCCUAAGGCUGUGACCCUUUAAUACAGUUCCUCAUGUUGUGAUGACCCCCCCCACACCGUAAAAUUAUCUUUACUGCUACUUCACAACUAUAAUUUUGCUAUUGUUAUAACUCAUAAUGUAAAUAUCUGUGUUUUCUGAUGGUUUUAGGUGACCCCUGUGAAAGGGUUGUUACCCCACCUCCAAGGGGUCGCAACCUACAGAUCGAGAACCACUGUUCUAAAGGCUCAGAGCUCUGCAGAGAGAGUGCAGGCUGAGCUGCUCUGAGUAUGGGAUGGCCUGGGUGUGGAGGACGGAGCCAGUCCAUGCCCUGCUUGCUGGGGACAGCUGAUCAGAACCUUAUAUGCUGUUUUUAUGACUGUUCUAUUGUUGUUUUAUAAUUAAAAAAGAAAAGAAAACCAACGA